AUGCCACUACAAACCGUCUUUCGAUUCCCGACAAAGAACGCCUUUGAAGACUUAGUUUCUUAUCAGGAGGACAUUCCAAAGCCGUCUAGCAAUGAGGUUCUAAUCAAGGUGCGGGCUGUAUCACUCAACUCGAGAGAUUGCCAGAUUGCUACAUCGAGAUACCCUUUCGGCAGCAAAGACCAGGUGAUUCCAGGGUCAGAUGCGGCUGGUGACAUUGUGGAGGUGGGAAGCGCAGUUCGUGAAUUUGCUACCGGAGAUCGUGUUGUGGUAUCCUUCGACAACACCCGACUGUAUGGCCCUGCCAGGGAUGUCGUUUCUGGUCAGGGAGGUGGUGUGGACGGAGUCAUGGCCCAAUAUAUUGCACGUCCAGCAUCGGCAGUCGUCAAAGUUCCAGCCAAUUCACCCCAGUCAUACAGCGAACUGGCUUCACUCGUGUGCACCGGAGUUACUGCCUGGAAUUCUCUAUAUGGCAAUAACCCAUUGAAGCCGGGCCAGACAGUCCUCGUCCAAAAGGCAGCAGGCGCGACCACAAUUGUCACCUCCUCUAGCGACGAAAAGCUAAAGGCUGUCAAGAACAUUUUUAACCCUGACUAUUGCAUCAACUAUACCAAGACCCCGGACUGGGCUUCAGAAGCUGUCAAGUUGACUGGUGGAAAGGGCAUGGACCACAUUUUGGAAAUUGGAGGCGUCGGAACCAUUGCGCAAAGUCUCUCUGCGAUUGCCCAGGGUGGUGUGAUCAGUAUCAUCGGAUAUCUGGCCAAAUAUGACCCUGCACAAGUACCCAAUGUCUUGCUACUCGCAUUAGGAAAGGAGGCCGUUCUGCGAGGCAUUCAAAUUGGACCCGUAUGUAUGCUCAAUGACCUGGUCACAUUUGUAUCGCGGAGAAAGUUGCGGUUUCAAAUUGAGAAGGAGUUUAAAUUCACCCGAGAUGAGAUUGUGGCCGCGUACAAUCAUCUUGCUUCUGGCAAGCACAUUGGGAAGAUUUGUAUUGUGGUUGAGUGA